UGAUGACAUGCCGCGUUGAGACCGCAACGUUCAACUUUCUCGUGCAGACUUUUUUCUCGAAUUCCUCAUUUCCACGUUGACGUUGCAUGUCUGGGCAUCAUGGACUCUCAAGAGCCUCAAGUAUACCUUGCACAGCUGGCAAAUGCAGCGUCUGAACAAUUCCACAAGAUCCCUGGGUCUGCAAUCUUCCUACGCUACGUACAGUCCAGCUACCAGAACGAUCCCGUUCGCUCCGCAGUCGAACUCUUCCUGGUGCUGUUUGCGAUCCGAUACCUCCUUGCGCCAAAGUACUCGACCAAGCCGAAUUAUGUCAAGUUGUCUGAAGAGGAAAUCGACGACCUCGUCGAUGAAUGGUCACCGGAACCUCUCGUCGCGAAGUCGACGCCAUUUGAAGAGGCUGAGUUAGAGAAGAGACCCAUAAUAGUCGGUCCGAGUGGUCCACGAGCCAAACUCGCCAACGGGCGUACGGUGACCAACCUCGCUUCGUACAAUUUCUACAACUUCCUCUCGAAUGAAAACCUCAAAGAGCGGGCUAUACAGACAUUGAGAACCUACGGAGUUGGGCCGUGUGGACCACCCGGCUUUUACGGGACGCAAGAUGUUCACAUGAAGAUCGAGGCCGACAUUGCCGCUUUCCUGGGCACAACUGCAUGUAUCAUUUACGCGCAAGCAUUUUCGACGAUAUCCAGCGUCAUUCCUGCGUUCUCGAAGCGAGGUGACAUCAUCGUUGCCGACAAGGCUGUCAACUAUGCCAUUCGUAAGGGCAUUCAGAUUUCUAGGAGUACGGUGAGAUGGUAUGAGCACAACGACAUGGAGGAUCUGCAACGAGUCCUGGCAAAGGUCACGAAAGAACAAGCAAAGAAGCCGUUGACACGCCGGUUCAUCAUCACUGAGGGUCUGUUUGAGAACGUUGGUGACAUGGUUGAUCUGCCGAAAAUUAUCGAGCUGAAGCUUAAAUACAAGUUCCGUCUGAUCUUGGACGAGACCUGGUCGUUCGGUGUUCUUGGCCGCACCGGACGAGGCGUCACGGAGCACCAACACGUUGACGCUGCUGAAGUAGAUAUGCUUGUUGGUUCGAUGGCGGGCCCACUGUCCGCUGCUGGAGGCUUCUGUGCAGGCUCAGACGAGGUCGUUGAGCACCAGCGUCUUUCGGCUGCUUCGUACACCUUCUCCGCAGCAUUACCUGCCAUUUCUGCCGUGACGGCCAGUGAAACACUCAUGAUGCUGCAGACACAGCCUGACCUUUUCGCGCAACUUAAGGACAACAUCAAGACUAUGUGGGCGCAACUGCAUCCCAGAAGUGACUGGGUGUACUGUACUAGCGCCGUGGAGAAUCCUAUAAUGCUGUUGACCUUGAAGCCGGAGGUCAUCACUGCCAGAAGAUUGAGCCUUGAGGAUCAGCAGCAGAUCUUGCAGGACGUCGUUGACGAGUGCCUCACUCAGAAUGUUCUGAUCACCCGCGUAAAGAGCCUUCCUGCUGGUCCAUCGGGAGCGAAAACAGAUAUUUAUGCGCAGGCGCCAGCUUUGAAGAUCUGUGUUACGAUAGGCCUGACAAAGAAAGAAAUCGAAAAAGCUGGCAUUACAAUUCGGCAUGCCAUCACCAAGAUCAUGACUAGGAGGCGAUAAGCUAUGACGUCUAUACUUUUGUGUACAGUAUGUUUUUGGAACAAAUUAAGAACUAUUUUGAUGGCAUGAGAAAUGGGCUUUCUGUCUCCAGACAAGCAAUGGAGAUAGAUGUUCAGCGAUGCAAAGCACUACGGAGUAUACGAAGUAGUUAAUGUGUAAUAAAUUCAGCCUUUUUAUCACGUUGCAUGGUAUCACUUGCAACGAUUCUCC